GUGUGCGGACGUGCAGCGGUCGCUUGACAACGAACGACUUGUGGAACUUUUUAAGCCUCUGUUACGUUUAGCUUGUGCGCUGUGGUUUAAAGUUUUUGUAUAAAACAAAUUAAAAAAUAUAUUUGGCAAAUGAAUUACAGUAACGCUGAUUUACUGCAUAUAUAGUGAGUGUGUGUGUGUAGUGAAGUAAUUUAAAAUUUAAAGCAAAACAAAUAAAUAAAGAAAGCCAACGGUGUUUAUGCGUGUUUUUCAACAUUUGUUUAACACUUUUUUGACGUGCGUGAGACCAAAAAUAAACUCCACAAAAGAAAAAAAAAACGCCGCUGCAUAAUAAAACAUAUUUGGAAUUAUUAAAGCAGCGAAGCAAAGGAGAAGCGAACAGCGUAAACUUUUUCAAACGCAAAUUACUUGUAAAUUAAAAAUGUACAGCAGGCUGUAGAGCAAAGCAGCAGCACAAAGCAAUUAAAAAAGGCAAAGCAGUUGCCAUUUGAAGACAAACGAGUUAGUUAUUUAAGCAACAAGAUGCGUGGCCUUGAAGCAGCCGCGCUGCUGCUGUUGUGCCUGCUGCAGUUGCUCAGCUGCAGCUGGGCGCUGUUUGGGCGUGAUGAAUGCAGAGACUUGACUAUAUCCUCCUGCGAAUGCGCACCCUCGCUCUCCGAAUACGAACUCAACUGCCCGGGCAACAGUUAUCAUCCGCAGUUUAAGAUUACCAUCAGACCUGGUUCGGCAGUGCAGAUUGAGUGCAAUAUCACGGAUGCCACAGGCUACAAGCAAAUGCCGCAGCUCAACAUUGGCAGCAUAGAUAUGGUGCAGAUACGUCGUUGCCCUUUGCCCUUUCAUACGCCCAUUGCGGGUAUAAUGGAUCAUUUGGGCAUUACCAACACCAAGGUGCUCAUAUUUGAAGCGAAUGAUUUGGGCAUGAAUCUCACACGCAAGCAUAUGGAACGCCUGCAACAUUUGCAGCGUUUGCGUCUUGCCGCACGCCGCUUGCCUUACAUACCCGAGGAUUUGUUGCAUGAUAUGCGUCAGUUGAAUUGGCUGGACAUGCGUGCCGCUAAUCUGGGCGAGCUGCCCACACGUCUGCUGGCCAAUAUGGAGAAUCUGCAGUUUCUCGAGCUGGGCAGCAACAAUUUGCGGCAGCUGCCACGCGGCUUCUUCUACAAUAUGCACAAGUUGCUGCAUUUGAAUUUGUGGAGCAAUCAGCUGCACAAUUUAAGCAAACACGACUUUGAAGGCGCCAGCUCGGUGAAGGAUGUGGAUUUGCAUAAUAACGGCAUUGUCGAGCUACGUGGCGAUGUCUUUGCGCUGCUCACCAAUCUGACUGAAAUCAAUCUCAAUGGCAACAACUUUAGCUCGCUGCCCGAAGGACUUUUCGCUCACAAUCAGAAGCUGCAGCAGAUUAAGCUGCAAAAUAAUCGCGCAGCGCUGCCAACGCUGCCGCCGCGUCUGUUCGCUAAUCUGCCAGAGCUGCGCACGCUCUAUCUGCGCUGUGAGCUCAACUCGCUGCCAGGCGAUCUCAUUGACAACUCGAGUGCGCUUACGGACAUUUCACUGAUGUAUAAUCUGCUGGAGACGCUGCCUGUGACGCUGCUGCAGCAUCAAGUGAAUUUAAUUAACUUGGAUUUGCAUAGAAAUCGCUUGAGCAGUUUACCCGAUGGCAUAUUCGAUCGCUUGAGCAAGCUGGAGACGCUCAACUUGGCUGAGAAUCAACUUACCGAAAUAUCAAGCUCCUACUUAUCAGCCACGCCCACCAGCUCCACCUGCACCACCAACUUAUCAGCCACCCGCACCUCCUGCGCCGCCUACUUAUCAGCCACGCCCUCCAGCGCCACCUGCACCACCCACCUAUCAGCCACCUGCACCUCCUGCUCCACCAACUUACCAGCCACGCCCUCCAGCGCCUCCUGCACCACCAACCUAUCAGCCACCCGCACCUCCUGCACCAACUCCUGGCUACGGACCUCCGCCAGCGCCCAUUCCAACGGACGCCGGCUCGCUGGGUCCCGAUGCAUGAUCAGCACGCACAAAGAGCCGUUUUGUGGUAGACAUCUGAUAAUCGCUGCUGUGCGUCAACAUGAUCUUGGCCAACUCAAUCGUCAUUAUUUGCAUGAAGUAUUUGCACUGUCAAUCAGCGUGUCCGCUGAUGUGGGCUCGCCCUUUGCUCCGCUACACAAUCUAACGACGCUUAACCUGCGCAACAAUUCGCUUAUGAUUGUGUUUAGCGAUUGGAAGUACGCGCUGCGUCAGCUGCAGGAAAUUGAUCUAAGCUACAACAACUUUAGUCGCUUGGACUACUCGGACUUGGAUUUCGUGUCGCUGUUCGAUGUUUCAGUUAACAUGAGUCACAAUCAAAUACGCAAUGUGCAUUUGUAUAAGCAGAGCAGCUUCUCGGGCAGUCAACAUGGACUGAAGCUGGUGCAUGGCGUCAAGUCGGUGCAGGUGGAUUUGAAUAAUAAUCCGCUGCUAUGCGACUGCACGUUGCAGCGUUUUGUGCAAGUUGUGCGCGGCGAUAUUGAACUGGAGUAUGCCAAGCAGCUGGUCACAUAUACGGAUCAGUUGUAUUGUCAAGGACCAAGCGCGCUGGAGGGUCGCCCGCUUGCUUCAGUGCAGCCACGCGAGCUGCUGUGCAAAUUCGAUCAAGCUGAGGAUCCUGCUGAGCGACGCUGCCCGCGCGACUGCGACUGUCUAGUGCGCACUGUGGAUUACACUUUGAUAGUGAACUGCUCCAAUGCAGCGCUGACUAAGCUGCCCAAGCUGCCGCGUUUGCCUGAAUCGCUGCAGCAGCUGGAGCUUUAUGCUGAAAACAAUACGCUGCUCAAGCUGCCGGCGAGCGAUGCGCCAGGCUAUGCUAAUGUUACCAGUUUGUAUAUCGCGGGCAAUAAUUUAACGCAUUUGGAGCUUGCGCAGCUGCCUCGAAAUUUAAAAUAUUUGGACCUGCGUCGCAAUCAGCUGCAGCAGCUCAACGCCAGCGCUUUGUCCUACUUCAAUAGCUCGCAAAAACUUUCGCUCAGUCUCUCGCUUAAUCCUUGGGUUUGCAAUUGCCAAGCGCGCGAUUUGCUGCUCUACACUCAACUCAACUAUGAGCAUAUUACGGAUCAUGCGGACAUGUUUUGCGCCGAUGCGGAGCUGCCCACGCGUUUAAUGGAGCUCAACACCAACGACAUUUGCCCGCAUCCCAAGAGUUUGCUCAUCUUUGUUAUUGUAGUUAUCGCUCUAGCGGGUUGCCUGGUAGCCACCACUGCCGCUUUAUACUACAAAUAUCAAAUUGAAAUUAAGAUAUGGCUAUAUGCGCAUAAUAUAUGCCUUUGGUGGGUUACCGAAAAGGAGCUGGACAAGGACAAGAAAUUCGAUGCAUUCAUUUCGUACUCGCAUAAAGAUCAAAGCUUCAUUGAGCAGCAUCUGGUGCCGCAGCUGGAGCAUGGACCACAGAAAUUCAAUCUCUGCGUGCAUGUGCGCGAUUGGCUUGUGGGUGGCUUCAUACCCGAGAAUAUAAUGCGCUCAGUAGCGGAUUCCAGACGCACCAUCAUUGUGCUUAGUCCCAACUUUAUAGAGUCCGACUGGGCGCGCAUGGAAUUUCGUGCAGCGCAUCGCUCAGCUUUGCAUGAAGGACGCGCGCGUGUUAUUGUCAUCAUAUAUGCAGACAUUGGCGACAUAGAGCAGCUGGAUGAUGAAAUCAAGGGCUAUCUGAAAAUGAACACCUAUCUGAAGUGGGGUGAUCCUUGGUUCUGGGAUAAGCUGCGCUAUGCUAUGCCACAUCGCUCACCAGUGGGCGGCACUGGCGCGCUUAUCAAAUCCGCCAUGAAAGGCUCCACGGAUGAUAAGCUGGAACUGAUUAAGCCCUCGCCAGUUACGCCACCACUCACUACGCCGCCUGGUGAAACCACCAAGAAUCCGUUGGUGGCGCAGCUUAAUGGCGGCACGCCUCAUACAGCGAUUAUGAUUGCCAAUGGCAAGAACGGGCUGUCCAAUCUGUAUGCGCCGCAUGGCAAGGCACAUCAUGGCAAUGGCCACAUCAACGGCGCCUUCAUUAUCAACACCAAUGCCAAGCAGAGCGACGUAUAGAACUGGCAUAACAUGGAGCCCGACGAGGAGCUCUUGUUUCACUGAAAACGCAACGCGCACAGACCAAUUCCAAUUGCAGCUGAAUGUAAAAAAAUUCCAAGACAAACAAGCAACAAGCACUAAAGUCUCUCUCUCUCGCUCUAUGUGUCCUAGUGAAUUGUUUGUCCUUAACAUGCAGUUGCAGCAACUCUUGCGGCAUUUGUGAAAAUUUUCGAUUUUCUAUAUUUCAUGUGUGGCCUUCGUUCGAUUUCGUUCGAAUAUUUAGCAACAGAACAGCAAACUAAAAUUACUGUUUAGUCUAAGCUUAGCAUACGUAAUUAUUUGUAAAUUUUAUGCCUAAGUUCAGCUCACAAUUUCUCAUAAUUUUUUUUGCCGCAAUCUCAACUGAACAAACUGAGCUUUAUUUUUGUUUAAACUAUCAUUUGUUAUAAGCAGCAUGCAAUACAUACAUAUGACGUAUCCAAAAGAUAGCACGUAAGCGAUGCCGUGUGUAACAACAAAAACAUUAAUUAACAGCAAUUUGCUAUAUUUAAUACAAAACUUGUAUAUAAGACAACCCAGCUGGAUAUCUAUGUAUAUUUAAACAAAACUCAUCAUUCAUUCGUUAGAGAAAACUUUACAAUGACGCUAUAAUCUCACGGCAUAUUAUAGAUACAUUUACACACAUAUAGAUAAUAUAUAUAUAUUUAAACAUCACUUUAUCCAUACUUAAUGCAUAUUGCUUCAUUUCUUCACAUCUCUCUCAAUAUCAUACACACACCCCCAUAUACCAUAUAGCACAUAAUAAUAAAUACGUAUGUUAAAUAAAUGUAAUUAGCAUUAAAUGAUGAACAAACAGAUAUAAAAUAUACUAUGUCUCAUGUCUCUUGCAAUGUAUUGCCUAAGGUACCUACAAAUUUAUGCAGACACACUCAUUUACUUAUACAAACAAACAAACGACAUACAUCAUUGAAUUUAGUUGUGUAUGUAAGUAUAUAUAUACAAGAAUACAAUAAAUA